AUGUGGAAAAAUAAUAAAAAAAGAAAACUAUAUCUUUCAAAUUCUUUAUUAUAUAUGCACGAUAUUAUGUGUAAUAUUAUUUAUUUGUAUGGAAUAAAAUAUAAUAAACGAGAUGUCUGGAAUCGUAAUUUUAUAACAAGUAGACCUCAGAGAAUUUUGAUACAAACAGGAGAAUUAUCACCAACACAAGUGGAUGUACUAAGGAAAACAUUAAUAACAGAUUUAUCAGGUAGGAGUUCUAUAGGAAGACAACAAAAUUUGUUACGUAAUAAACUAGAUAAUGAUCCUAUAACAAAAAAAUUGAUAGAAAGAGGAUUUUUAAAAACAAACAUAACAGAAAAGAAGGAAAUAAAAAUUCAAGAAAAACAAAAGGAAGAACAAGAGGAAGUUGUAGAAUAUGAAGAAAUUGAAGUUGAUGAGGAUGAAGAAGUGGAAUAUGUAGAAAUUGAAGUAGAUGAGGAUGAAGAAGUGGAAUAUGUAGAAAUUGAAGUAGAUGAAGAUGAAGAAGUAGAAUAUGAAGUAGUUGAAAUUGAGGUGGAUGAUAAUGAAGAAGUAGAAUAUGAAGUAGUUGAAUUAGAUGAUGAAGAAGAAAAAAAAGAAAGAAAACAACUAAAAAUGGAAUCCAUAGAAAAGAAACCAUUAGAAAUUAAAACAACUCAAAAAUAUCCAUUCGCAACACAUGCACAAAAGGAAAUAGACUCAUUAAAAAAGAAUGAAAUAAAAUCUUAUGAUCCUUUUAAAAAGAAUAUGGUUAAACAAGAAGAUAAUUUAAGAAAAGACGAAAGAAAACCAUAUGAUCCUUUUAAAAAGGAUAUGAUUAAACCAGAGGUUAAUUUAAGGAAAGACGAAAGAAAACCAUAUGAUCCUUUAAAAAGAGAUGUAACACAAAUGCAAGAUAAUUUAAGAAAAGACGAAAGAAAACCAUAUGAUCCUUUAAAAAGAGAUGUAACACAAAUGCAAGAUAAUUUAAGAAAAGACGAAAGAAAACCAUAUGAUCCUUUAAAAAGAGAUGUAACACAAAUGCAAGAUAAUUUAAGAAGAGAAGAAAUAAUAAUAGAAGAUUCUUUUAAAAAAGAAGAAAGAAAAUCUCCAAAUACAUUAAAAAGGGAUGAAAUAAUAGUACAAGAUAAUUUGGGGAGAGAUAAAAUAAUAGUACAAGAUCCUUUAAAAAAAGAAGAAGUGAAACCUAAAGAUCCUUUAAAAAAAGAGGAAGUAAAACCAACAGAUUUGUUAAAAAAAGACGAAUCGAAACCUAAAGAACCUUUAAAAAAAGAAGUAAAACCAACAGAUACUUUAAAGAAAGAAGAAGUGAAACCUAAAGAUCCUUUAAAAAAAGAGGAAGUAAAACCAACAGAUUUGUUAAAAAAAGAAGAAUCGAAACCUAAAGAUCCUUUAAAAGGAGAUGAAGAACAAAAGGAAGGUUUAAACCAAUUAGAUAAAAUUAAAAUUAAUAGAAUUGAAGAUAAAUUCAAAAUACAAAUUCCUCAUAUAAAGUCAAAAUUUAUUGAAAGUACAAUAAAAGAUAUUUUGAAAGCAGAAUAUGAAGAUGCAGAUGAAGAUUUAACAAGAAAAUAUAGAAUGAUAGAACUUAUGAAUUUAUAUUUUGAUGAAAUGGAUAAGUUUCAUCAAAGUGAUAUAUAUACAGUUAUUGAAAAAUACAGUAAACAAAAAGAAUAUAAUUCUAUUAUGAAACCUAUGUUUAAGGAUUUUAUGGAAACACACCGUAUAAGUUCUAUAUUAAGUAAAACUAUGUUAGUAGAAUUUGGAUUAAUUAUCCUUCUUACACUAGGUAUAGGAAUAGCUGUUAUGGCAUCUGCAACUGGUACACCUUUCUAUGUAAUAGCUGGAGCAUGUGCAUUUAUUUCAUUGGCAUUUCCAGGUUUAUUAUUUGCAAGGGAAAAAAGGACAAAAACAUUUAAAGACAAAUAUUUCAAAAUUAAAGGUAUAAAAUUUAUCAUGAAGGCUGUUAAGAAUACAAAUAAAUAUCAAGAUAAAGAAGAAAAAAUAUGGAAUAGAAAAAAUAGCAGAAUGAUUAAAGGAAUUCAACAAAUGGUAAAAGAGAAAUUCGAUACAGGAAAUGUAGCAGGAAAAACACCUCCAAAAAAUAUUACAAAUAAAGCUCCACAGAAAAAUAUACAACAAAAACAACCACAACAAAAUGUACAUAAUAAAAUACCUCAACAAAAUACACAAAAUAAGCCACAUCAACAAAAUACACAAAAUAAAGUACCUCAACAAAAUAUACAAAAUAAACCAACUCAACAAAAUAUACAAUAUAAACCAUCUCAACAAAAUUCACAAAACAAACCUCAAGAAAAUAUGCAAAAUAAAGCAGCUCAACAAAUUAGGCAAAAUAAACCACCUCAACAAAAUGCACAAAAUAAAACUCCUGUACAAAACACAGUAAGUAAAUCUCCAGUACAAAAUAAUUAUUCAAAACAUAACGGAAAAGGUCCUAAUCAAAUUAAUAGAAAUAAUCCAAAUAGACAUGUAAAAUCAUUAAGAUGA